AUGGAUCUCCGUAACAGCCUCGGGAACCGUCUUCUCUUCGCAGUGCCCAAGAAGGGCCGGCUGAAUCAAGCUGCACUGAAUCUACUGGAAGGAGCCGAUAUCCAGUUCCGUCGCCAGCAUCGCCUCGACAUCGCAUUGGUCAAGAACCAUAAUAUUGCCCUCGUAUUCCUACCGGCCGCUGAUAUACCUAUAUUUGUUGGCCAGGGCCGUGUUGAUCUUGGCAUCACCGGUUGGGAUCAAGUUAAGGAAUACAAUGCCGCCGUUCAUUACUCUGGCAGUACCCCCAAAAGCUCGGACAUUAAGGCCUCAGGAUGCAAGAAGCUUAUGGAGCUAGGUUUCGGCGACUGUCGGCUCCAAGUCCAAGUCCCCGAAAAAGUUGGCAAAGAAGACGACAAGUAUAAUGCAGCUCAAACCAGUGACGAUCUCGUCGGAAAGACCAUUGGCACCAGCUUUCCAAACCUGGCCACCGAAUUCUUCUGCAAGAUCGAAUCUGAGAAAACAUCCAGCAAUGUCCUACGAGAAAAUAUGACAACUAAGAUUAUUGAGCUGAGUGGCAGCGUUGAAGCAGCCUGUGCUUUGGGCGUAGCAGAUGGCAUUGUUGAUCUCGUGGAGUCUGGCGAGACCAUGCGAGCGGCAGGCCUUAAGGCUAUCGGUACCGUGAUCGACUCUACGGCGGUUCUGGUUCAGUCCCUUACUACGUCAGAACAAAAACUAAUCAGUAUGAUCGCAUCGCGAAUCAAGGGUGUUAUUGCAGCGCAGCAGUAUGUCCUCUGCCAGUACAAUAUUGAGCGGACUAAACUUCCCAAGGCAACUUCAAUCACACCCGGCAAAAGCGCCCCUACAGUUACUUCUCUUACGAAAGAGGGGUGGGUGGCGGUUAGCGCAAUGGUCCCAAAGAAGGAAAUUGCUACUGUUAUGGAUGAACUAGUAUUUCUUGGUGCAACAGACAUUAUUGUUCUCGAUAUCCACAAUACUCGAACGCAGGAGCAAUAG